AUGGAUUACAUGAAUCGAAUCUUUCAACCAUAUCUGGACCAGUUUGUGGUAAUCUUCAUUGAUGACAUUCUGGUGUAUUCCCGUACUCCCGAAGAUCACGAAGAGCACUUGCGAAUUGUGUUGUCUACGCUUCGAGAGAAACAAUUGUAUGCCAAGUUCAGUAAGUGUGAAUUUUGGCUAUCCGAAGUAAGUUUUCUUGAUCACGUCAUCUCUGGUGGAGGCGUGGCAGUAGAUCCUUCUAAAGUAGAAGCGGUGGUGAAUUGGGAUCGACCGAGGAGUGUGACUGAAGUCAGAAGCUUCCUAGGUUUGGCAGGUUAUUACCGGAGAUUUAUUAUGGGGUUUGCUAAGUUAGCCUUACCAUUAACAAAGCUUACACGAAAGGAGGUUGCUUUUGAAUGGAAUUCCGAGUGUGAGCAGAGUUUUCAGAAACUUAAGAAGAAGUUGACUACUGCACCUGUAUUAGUGACUCCGGACCCAAACUGA